CUCUUUUUCCCACUCUAUGGAUGGAGCACUUAUAAAUAUUUUUAUUUUGUAUAGAGCAAUGAAAACAAGCAAAGAUUGUAGGAUGGGAUAGAAAUGAUAGAAAAGCGUAAGAGUACCGAACGAAAAUUAACAUUUUUUUCUAUACAUAAUUUUUAAUUAUUACUUUAGUCUCCAAAGAAUAAUUUUUAAGAUAUAACCUGCUGAAAUAUUCGCCGGAAAAGUUUAUUUAUAUUUAAAACAAAAUUGUUCCCAUAAUGAAGUCUGAAUAGUGUGUAGUUUGGACAAUAUUCGAUUAUAUUCAUUAUAUUUUGUAAAACUUAAACUUAAAAAUGGGUGUUUUUGAAUGUUAUGGAAUAAUCAAAUUCAUGUUAGUUUUUGUAAAUCUGGUCUUUUGGGAUCUUUCGAUUGGCAUCCACGGACCACUCAACUAAAAAGAUGAACGAUGAGAGUUCUGAAGAAAAAAAUGUAUACUUCUGCUUAGUAGAGGUCUAAAUGCAUGUCCAAAUCUUCAUUAUUGAUUUAGCCUAAGCUGUGUACGCAUGAUACUUUUUCAAAGGCCUUGAUUUUUAAUUGGUUUUUAUCAAUAACUUUAGUAAAUGUGAAUGCAAAUCGUUCAGAAUUAUUAUGUAAACUUCUCUUAUCAUCAAAAUGAAGCUGAAAAUUUGAUAAUGUAUAUUGCAAAAGGCAUUUGGAUCAUUAGCAGUAUCUCUUUCAAUUUGGAUGUUGGUGGACCAAGCAUUUUUGAUUACACUCUCUCAAGACCAACCAAACUUUUAUGCUGGACUUUAUAUUUUACUUGCUGCUGGGACAUUAAUGUUUAUAAUAUCAUUUCUUGGAUGUUGUGGAGCGUAUAAAGAGUCACAAUGUAUGCUUGUAAGCUUUUUUAGCUGUAUGCUUAUAGUUAUUGUUGCCCAAAUUGCUACAGCAGCUUGGUUGUACGCCAAUAGCAAUAGACUUGAAGAGCUCGUAAAAUCUAGCAUUCAAGCAAGCAUUAAGUAUGAAUAUAGCAUUAUUCCAACUCGAACUCAAAUAGUUGAUUCAUUUCAACAAAACCUUGGUUGCUGUGGAGCUACAAGUCCUAAUGACUGGGCAGGUAGUAAAUUUUCGUCUUCAGAUGGAUCUUCUGAAAUACUUCUAACUGUGAGCCAAGGAACUAUAUUCAAAGUUCCAAAAAGCUGUUGCAAAAAUGAGACUUCCUUUGAUUGUGAUAUGUCCCGAAAAAUUCGUAUUGCUGAUAUAUUACCUUCAGCUAUUUAUGAUGUUGGAUGUACUGAUCAAAUUAUAAGAGAAUUCAAGAAACAAAGCGGCAUUUUGUUUGGAGUCAUUAUAAGCCUUGGCCUUCUUGAAGUGAUAGCUUCUGUCUUUUCAUUGAUUCUCUGCUGUGCAAUCGGCUCAAACGAUAGAUAUAAAGCAUAAUGAGGACUGCUUAUUCCAGCGUUUUUAUAUCUGUGUGAUUCAUGGCAUGUAAUAAAAAAAGCUGCGACUAAUUGUAAAAUCAGCAAGUUUUGUCUGUGUAUGCUUGUGCAUGUUUUUUAGUGUAAAACAAUGACCAUGUCUGGACUAUACGUGGUUGAAUAAGAAAGAUAGCUAUAUAAUUUUGUAACUAUUUUUAAACAAGUUAAAAAAACUAUUGAAUAUUUAUACGACUACACAAUUUAAAAGUAUUCUCAAUUCUAUAAAUAUUUUCUUUGUAUUUUUUUGUUUAGCUUAAUCCUGAUAGAAACGAUAAUCAUCAGUUGGGUAAUUAAUACAGAAUUUUCAAAGUUAAAACGUCACACUGCGUUUGUAUACUUGUUAUUUACAAAAAACAUUAACUAAAAAUGUAAGCAUGUAUAUUACGUAUGAUUGAGUAUAUUUAUAAUAACAGGAUUAAAUAAUUUUAUAUUC